GAGAGGAGAGCGCGCGCAGUGGUGAUAACGCCAUCUAUCCAAAUGACGAGCGUUCCUUUCACGCGCUCCGCUCAUCGCGCAAUGGAAACUGCGCGUCCUGUUAAAGUGCCGUGACUCUCCUUGCCUUUUCUUUUCGUAUAACCAAUUCGUUCGAGUCUGCAAACAUCCUAGAACUAUCGAGGAGCCUCUACAGCCGACUUAGGACAUGCUUUCGCGCCACGGAAAUCACGAUAUUUUAUCUCUCCACGGCUCGCUCUGAUAACAUGUAGAGAAAGUGCGCGGUGACCGAGAGCGCAGCGCACGGGCGAUGUUGACGCCGUCCUCAAGCCGCCUUGUUCCCACAGCGUCUUGACUUUUUCCCACUGGAGUAUAAUCUGAGGUUUCUGAACUUGUGAAUGUAACGGAGGUGGCUGCUGAGUAGCAACUGAACCGUCCAGCUGCCCACGCUGCCGCGGGGUCGCUCGGCGCAUCCUUGCCCACUUUAGAGGAGAAAACAAGCACGCAACUAAGAGGGGACAAGACGCGUCCGCGUUUUCCGAAAUAUUUGGCAUCGGCGCGCUUUGGAGAGACCUGGAGCUAUUUCGAGCUUUCGCGGGAUAUAAAACAUUAGAAUGAUAGCAUCCAUAACAUUUGGAGUAAGGUGUCUAACUUAAGGUUAUCAUUACGCGUCGACGUUUGUUGGACCGCAUAAAUGGACGAAUACCAGGAGGACUGACUGGGAACUGUCUGGAAAAAUGUGGCUGAAACGGUGUGUCACACGCAGAUAAAUGGGCAUGUUUGAUCACUAAGAGUUUCCCCUGGAGCAAGAGAUGGAUACAGACAUAGAAAGAGGAGAGCAAAGACCCUCACGGACCUAUUCUUCGGCAGUUGCUUGGAGACCUGGGGGAAUGCUGGGAUGUAGAAUGUGGAUCCUUUUCAUCCUUGUCCAUCUCACAAUGGAUCUGUCUCUAUGUGCACCAGUAGGCCAAGGACUCGCCGUCAAACUACUGCCCAGGUCAGUGCCCCGUCGGCAGCCGCACCCGUCACCAACCCGGGACGCACUCAUUGGCCAGCAUUUGAGGACUCUGGGUAUCUUGCAACGUGGUGUUCCCCCUCUCCUGCCAUCGUUGGGCAACCACAGAGAGCUGGGGGAUACCAAAACGGGAGGGCGUGAGCACCGCAGCUCAGCCCAGAAACGACAACUUUGUGCGGAGUGCAAAUUGGCCGCCUCCGGAAGUUGGAAGUUGAAGAGUAAAUCUGAUUUAAACCUUCAUUUAUCUCGUUCGCGGAGGCAGUCGAGAGGUGAUGGCUUUGACUCACUCGAGGGAAUGGCCAUCACCGUGGCAGGAUAUAUUGACUGGGGUCCCACAGGGGCUUAUGAGGGAGUCGAGGAGGAAGCGAAAAUGACCCUGAACACCACAGUCAACUCUUUACCCCCCUCCACAACCACAGUUAGCGUCACUAGCACCACCACACCCAGCCCCCAAAGGACGUAUGCGGUAAUUACAACCGCGCACCCUAAGAGGCACAGCACCACACAGCCAAGCACUAACUCUAGAGUGACUGCCAAACCACAGAAACCUUUUGGGGACACACCAGGUCUGGCUGUUCACCAGAUCAUCACCAUCACUGUGUCCCUCAUCAUGAUCGUCGCAGCCUUGAUCACUACACUAGUCCUUAAAAACUGUUGUGCGCAGUCCGGGAAUGGCCGACACAGCAGCCAUCAGAGAAAGAUCAACCAGCAGGAGGAGAGCUGUCAAAACCUGACCGACUUUACGCCCGCACGCGUGCCCAGUAAGGUGGACAUCUUCACCGCCUACAACGACAGUUUACAGUGCUCGCACGAAUGCGUGCGGGCCGGCAUACCGGUGUACACGGAUGAGAUGAUCCAGCACACACCCAUAUACAAGACAUCUUACAAUGGAAACAGACCAUCAUCCACCGAAAGGCAGCUAAUCCCUGUGGCCUUUGUGUCUGAGAAAUGGUUCGAGAUCUCUUGUUGAGGCACUUUUACUACCUUCGGGUUGAGCCCACGUCUUCAAUUUGUGCCCUGGAUCCUAUUGGAAAAUCUGUGAAACAAAUAUAAAAUGAAAGACUGAUACACAAAAGCAAGAACAACAGCAAACAAGCAAUUACAGAGACUGGAACAAAGACGGACAGGUGGUUUUGUACAAACGUUGGAUCUCUCUAGAAAUGGACUGAAGAAGUUUAUUUUUCUAGACUGAUUGAAUUGCUAUGGAUGCCACUCCCAAAUUAUUUUCCAUAGACAUGUGAUCGUUUUAGAAAUGAUAUACCUAGAGCUGAUAUAUUAUAUACGUAUAUAACUGCACAUGUGGGUGCGCUGGAGUGACAUUCAGCUGCCGAGGGUCUACCGAGGCUCUCUCUGAUGGGAUACGUCAUGCGGAGGAAAGACUUUUCUGAACUUUGUGCCAAUAAUGCCAUUAUGUGCCACUACAUAUAUAGAUGGGACGUGUUCGGUUUCGUGGAUACUUACAGACACAACGUUGAACAAUUUGAGUGACUGUCCCCCAAUAUCAAUCCAUCAGUCGUUUUUGUAUAAAAAAAGUAUGAAUAUGUAUUUGAAACAUAUGUUUUGAAAUAGCUGUGUUGCAUAUGUCCAAAAAUAUUUAUAUGGAGCACUAUUCAUUUAGAAUAAAAUAAUGAAUCCAUUAAUGAAUAGUAGACCAGGUUUUAAUUUCACUACAUUGUUACUAGGCCCCGUUUUAAAGGAAUAGUUCUAUUUUUAUACUAAUGAGGUUACUUAUGUGUUCGACAGACCCAGUUCACAUGGACUUUUGGGACUGUUAAUCUGCAAGAGUAGAAGAUUUUUUUAAAAAACAAUCAACGUGGAAAUCAGAUUCAGCAUAUUGAAGCUUAUUUGAUUUGCCAAAGCCAUGCUUCAUAUGUUUAAUUUCUUUUAUUACCAGUUUUUCCUCAUUAAUGGAGGAUUACAGGUAUUAAUCAUGUUUACGGACUCACAGAUCCUCAAAAGGUGUUUGAUACCGUGCAUUUACCAGACAACAGCUGGUUUAGGGGUCACGUUUAAGUAACGCAACAAAAAAAAAGGGUUACUUUUAAAAAUUAAUGUAAUAAAUCACCAAUCAACGAUCAAUAUUCAGUUUAUAUAUUUAUUUUAGUGCCGUUUUUUUAGUUGUGUUUAUACUUAUUUAUUUGAAAAAUGAAAUCUGAACCGAAAAUGUUCAUACAUCUCUUUUUGGGAUAUUUUGUUUUUAUUCAAGGUAACAGUUUAUUAUUUAUUGUCUUCACAUUUUUUCUAUCAACAGAAACUUGUGCAAUUUAUUUAAAUAGAAAUCAGCAGUGCAGUCAUUCACAAAACACUAAACUUGCCAAUCGGAUUUGUGUGUGUUUGCGUGUGUGUGAGCAUCUAUGUGUGUGUGUGUUUAAGAUCGCGACACCAAACCAAAGAGCUCUUGUUGGUAGCAGUAUGUACAGUAAAGGCCAUUGUACAUCUCCAAAACAGAGAUGUUUAUGGAUUAUGUUUAGUUAUGUACAGGUACAAAACACAGGCAAACACAGUGAAAGAGUAAAAUAGUCGUUUGCAAUAGUUUAAAAGUAAAUCAUGUUGGAGUAAAUUUGCUGAUAUGACUUCAAAUGUUUAUAUCCAUUAGUGAAAUCUGCUUUCAUCUCGAAAGACAGCAAUACACACAAAGAAAAUACGUUCACAUACCUGUAUGUUUUGUCCUAGAUGAUGUAAACUGCACUAGCCAAUGAAUUCAGCCAUUUACAACCAUUAUUACUACUAACCACUAAAGCUCUGGAUUAUGUAUGUGUAAAUGUGUUUUCUUUAUAUUUACCUCUGUUGUGAUAUUUCAAGCUCUCACAGUACCAGUGGAUCCGUCUAUUUUGUUUACAUCACACUGCAGACGUUAAUGACAGAUGAAUAUACAUUGACUUUGUGCCAAGGCUCGAUACAGACAGUGUUGUUUUGGCUGUAGCUGUGGCUCUCCUAUUAAUGAGGAAACACCAGGUCAUUUGUUUUGCAUUUUAAUACGAGGAAACUUCAUGGAAUCAAUACCCUUAACAAAGGAACUUUCUUAAGUAACUCAUGCAGUAGGAGAGAUGUUUUUCCUUAAUAUCUUUUUUGAAGAAUGUCUGAGAUGAGUCUGGGCUGCUUGAAAAGAAUGAAAGACUUGCGACUCACGGAAGACGUUUUGGCUGAAUGAUAACUAUUUUCAGCUCAAUAUCAUCGUUCACUCCGAGAAUGAAUGUUGUUCCAAAAACAUCUCAUUCGACAGCUUAAUAAACGUUACGUCAAUUAAAAUAAAAAACAGACACCUGGUCCGUGUAACUGCCAGCACAGGAGAAAAGGGUUUUUGCGCUGUGAGUCUGAUAAACAUGAAGCUUUGAGUCAGCAGUCAGAAUCAGUUGAACCAAAAGCAGAAGUUUAGUUGACCAUUUUCAUAUGUGCAUUAUGCUUGAAUGUGCUUUUCAUCUGUAUCAUAGCUUUCUUUAAAGGAAACAUCAAAAAACCAGUGCAAUAUCUUUUUUGUUGUUGUUUAUGCUUUGAUGUAUACGUAUAAAUCAGAGCUGUCCUCAUUGUUUGGCAUGUAAAUGACCACAGCUUACUGUAAAGGCUUUUAUUUAUGUCACAUUGUAUUUUCAUGUGGUACUAUACUCAGGCAUCAUCAGUCUACUACUGUUGUUUUAUAAAAAUCUAAUGUUUACGGGAACAAACCUUUGUUUGCCUCGGUUUCGUUUAAUUUUGAUUUUGUAUUGCACAAUUGCAGAGUCACAUUUCACUACGACAGGUUUCAUAUGGUGCGGAUCACAUUUAAUAUAUCCCUGACCACCCCACCCUCCCAAAAAGCCAACACUUGUCUGAGAGAUAACGCCAAAUUUCUUCUCAUGUGACCCGUAAAAGCAGUUCGACUUAGAGGCUUAGUAAGGAAGCAUCAGACAGUCCUUGACUUUGAUUUGUUGCAGGUAGAAUAUAACAUCGCUUCAUAUAUUCCAUACAAAAACAACCUGAUACCUGUUCUCUUGUUGCCAUAGAAAUAAAAACUUUGUACUUUGUGUACCUUAACUUUUUUAUAUUUGUGUCUAAUAUAUCGAUGAGUACCUCUUUUUCUUUUUAUAUAAGAUCUAUGAAUAUAGUACACAACGCAAUGUAAGGUACAAAUAAAAAAAAACAA